AUGGCUAAAUUCGUGAUCCGCCCGGCCACCGCUGGCGACUGCAGUGACAUCCUGCGGCUGAUCAAGGAAUUGGCUAAAUACGAAUACAUGGAAGAGCAAGUAAUGUUAACUGAAAAAGAUCUGCUAGAAGACGGUUUCGGAGAGCACCCCUUCUACCACUGCUUAGUUGCAGAAGUGCCUAAGGAGCACCUGACUCCGGAAGGACACAGCAUUGUUGGUUUUGCCAUGUACUAUUUUACCUAUGAUCCAUGGAUCGGCAAACUGUUGUAUCUUGAGGACUUCUUUGUGAUGAGCGAUUAUAGAGGCUUUGGCAUAGGAUCAGAAAUUCUGAAGAAGCUAAGCCAGGUUGCAAUGAAGUGUCGCUGCAGCAGCAUGCACUUCUUGGUGGCAGAGUGGAAUGAACCAUCCAUCAACUUCUACAAAAGAAGAGGUGCCUCUGAUCUGUCCAGCGAAGAGGGAUGGAGACUCUUCAAGAUCGACAAGGAGUACUUGCUAAAAAUGGCAGCAGAGGAGUGA